CGGUAGUUAAGCGGCCAAAGCAGUUUGUUUACAAACUAGUCGUUCCAGCUCCAGAUUGAAAUUGUAUCUGGAGCUGGCUCCAGAUUCGCCAAUCUGGAGCUGCCAAUCUGGAGCUGUCUGGCUCGUCAUUCCCAGAGCCUUCGUUUCCUUCCCAAGGAUCGCAGGCUCGGGGAACGAGAUUGGUCAUAUGACACCAUCUCACCUCGCCCCUGUCCUCACGUGAUUCGUGUGAUGAUGCUGAUACUCAGGUUAUGUCGCUGGUGGUGAAUCAAUAUGGAUAUCAAAUGCAUUUUACUUCUGACAUUUUUUAUGAAUUUUAACAACUUAUGUUCAACAUUUAACCAAAAUAUUUAUAUAUCGAAUUCAACUGAUUAUGACAAGCCCGACUGUGUUAAAAAUCCAAGUGUUAAUAAUACAUGCAAGACAUUGGACUAUGUUCUCGGAAUAGUCUCGAAUGCAUCGGAUCAAGUUGGUUAUAAGCUUCGAAAUUCGACCAAAAUUCAUGUGGAAGGAGAUCAGUAUCUACAGGAAAACUACAACCUUACGGGAUUAAACAACUUUGUAGUAAGUGGAGAUGCUGCAGAGGGAGCUGUAAUCAAAUGUAAGUCAAAUCGGGGGCUGAUAAUUUUAUCAAGUAGAAAUAUUGCAAUUGAACGCAUGAAUUUCCUGAAUUGUGGCUCAAUACAAAGAGCUCAAAACAAUGAAAACAUAUCAUUUCAUGCUGGGUUAUUCUUUUCAAAUAUCACCAAUGUUAAUGUGAGUGGUUGCAACAUUAUCAACAGUACUGGCAUUGGUAUGGCACUAUUAAAUGUUGGCGGUCAUGUGAUGUUCACACAUACACAUUUUACUGGGAAUAUAAACAACAGCAGAAGCGGAAGUAAAGUUCAUUCUGGACUUGUACAAGUUGCAGGUGGUCUUAUUAUUGAGUAUACAUAUAAUGAAACUGAAAAUGUUCAAUCUUCAAGUGAUAACACAUAUAUUUUUUAUAAUUGUACCUUUAUCCACAACGGCUGCACAUGGAAUGUAAAGCAUGAACUUGAACCCACCGAGGCAGAUAAAAAUCAUGUCAUAUUUGGAUGCGGUGGAGGCAUGGCUGUGACAUUUAAAGGAACAGCCCAUAGUAACAGUGUUCGCCUAGAGUAUUGUACUUUUGCAAAUAAUUUGGCAGACUGGGGUGGUGGCUAUUACAUCUUAUUUGAAAAUAAAUCUUACAAUAACAUUGUACAGUUAAAAAAUGUGACAGCACGAUCAAACCAUGGUGUUUUGUCUGGAGGAGGUGGUAGGUUUCUCUUUAAUCCAUGUUUCAAUUAUACAGACAUAUUAAAGCUGUCACCAAACUACUUUCAGCAAGAAAACUGCUCGUAUUUGAAUAAUGUUGCAAGUUGGGGUGGAGGGGUAUCAGUAUUUGGAUCUAGUGUAUAUCAUGAGGAAAAACCUCGACCUGACAAAAGUUUGUUGUUCUUCAACAGUCAAUGGGUAAAUAAUCAAGCAGUGGUGGGAUCUGCACUGGGAUUUGUGUCAAACGCUAUUGAUUUGCAACAGUGGUUUCUCCCUAACAUUUGCAAUGGGCUGCCAUACACUGUGGAGUUGCAAAAUUGUACAUUUAAAGAAAAUAAGAUCUGUUCAAGCUGUGCAGGUACUGGCACAGUUGUUGGUACUGGCACUGUAUAUGUUGAUGAAGCACCAAUUAUCAUGAAGAAUGUUCACUUCACUUUGAAUAAUGGGACACCAUUGGUAUUAGACUUAAGCAAUGUUUACAUUUUGGGUGAUGUCAUGUUUUAUAACAAUAGUGGUAUUGAAGGCGGGGCAGUUGCCCUCUUUGGUAGGUCAAAAAUUAUUCUUGGUCGAAAUUCAUCCCUAAACUUUAUCUCAAACAACGCAUCUCUCCGAGGAGGCGCAAUUCAUGCAUAUUCUCAAGGACCCAAUCUUAAGGCAUUUCCAGUCCACCUGCUUUAUAGAUCGACUUGCUUUUUUAGUUACAUUGUUCCUAAUACACCUCCACAAAGAUGGUCUGCACAAGUAACAUUCCAGAACAACAGAGCACCACAUAGAUCAGGAAAAUCAAUAUAUUGUGAUACCUUGCAAUUUUGUAGAGUUUAUGGUAAAAUAACUGAAGCUUUGGAAUGGGAACCUUUUAACUAUGUCAAUAAGAUAGAUGGUGAACCUGAAAUAGUGACAGAUCCGGUUGAAAUUAUAACAUCAAAGCAAGAUUGGGAAGGCUUUCCAGGGCAACUGAUUUCUCCUAACGUAAUACUACUUGAUGAAAAAAAAAAUCGAACAAAUGGACUUCUGAAAAUGUCAGUAACAGAUCCAGAUAAUCAAGUGAACAUAAGUAAACAAGUUUCUGAGUAUAUCUACAUUUCUGAUGAGAAAAGCUCUGUUCCAAUUUCUUUUGUUAGCAAGAAAUUAAAAGUAGAUUUUAAAUUGACACUUAGUUCGGUUUACACACAAGUGAUUAAAACCAUUCUUGAUAAUAUAACAACAUCACUGUGUUAUGGUGGCUAUGUAUUUACCAAAAAAGAAGAGAAAUGUGUAUGUCAAACAGAAAUGGCUUAUGGAUAUAUAAGGUGUGGUCAAGAUGGAAAAACAAUUUAUCUAAAGGAAGGAUACUGGGCAACAAUAGGCAAUGAUAACCAGUUCUCAGUUUACCCAUGCCCUUUAGGAUACUGCAACUGUACCGAGAAAGCAAAUGGAACUACCAGUAAUGAAUGCAAGUUUACGAAAUUCAUAAGGAAUACCAGCCAGUGUGCAGAAAAUAGACAUGGGAGGUUGUGUGGCUCAUGUGAUGAAGGAUAUAGUCUUGUUGUGGGCUUGAAUGAGUGUAGGAAAUGCGAUAAUGAUACAGGUCUUUUAUGGCUUCUUCUGAUUGUGGCAGGUUUGACUCUCAUUGUUUUGGCAAUCAUUUACUUUGAAAUUGAAUUUUUCUCUGGUCCUCUUAAUUCAUGGCUGUACACAUAUCAUAUUAUUCACUUGUUGCCUUUUAAAAGUGAUUAUCUUGAUCCAUUUAUUGUGUUUGUGACGAGUUUAACCAAUGGUACAUUUGACCUAAGCACAGGCAGAUGUGUGUGGAGAGGAAUGGACGCACUUCAAAAGCUUUCCCUACGAUAUCUCAUGCCUUUUUACUGUAUUCUUUUACUUUACCUCAUUAAUAAACUUCUGCGCAAUUUUCCCAAUCUUCCCUUAGCUAAUCAUACUUUCCAUCAUGCCUUUGUAACUAUUGCAAUCAUAUCGUACGCCUCCUUAAUUGAAACCACUGUCACUAUUCUUCAGCCUGUUAACGUCGAUGGCCACUGGUAUGUUUUUCAACAAGCUAGUGUGGAGUAUUUUGGCAACGAUCAUUUACCUUAUGCCAUACCUGCCUUGUUUAUUCUUCUUUUUGUCGUCAUACCAUUUCCCUUUAUUAUUGCGUUCAGUUCUUACUUUAUAAGACGGUUUCAACGGUUAAGGAAUUUCAUACCGUUGUUUGAGGCCAUUCAGAGCCCAUACCGUCUGAACCGUAGGUGGUUUGCGUCGUACUACAUCUUCUGCCGUUUGAUCUUUAUAACGUUGCUUAUUUUCAGAAAUAAUUACGAGUACUCGCUCUUUCCAUUCAUUGAAGCUGUUUGUGUGAUUAUUCUUUUGAUAUUUGUUCUUCUUCGACCCUAUAACGAUGAAAACUAUGUCUAUUUUAAUGUUGAUGCAUGCUUUUUAUCUCUUCUUUGUCUGAUAAUUUGUGUUGUUAAUGCAAUGGAAGCGGUCGAGGGGAGAGUAAUUGUUCGUUUCUACGAAGUUCUUGCAAGAAUUUUUACAUACAUUCCUUUCGUUUAUUCAUUGGUAUUAUUCGCACGUUAUUUGUACCGAAGAGUUGAAGCUUAUAAACAAGGACGUGCAGGAAGAUAUGAACCUUUGAUGUAACGGUGUACUCUCCUAAUAUGUAACAAAGGGAAAAUUAAUACUGUACUUUUCACAAGGAACAAAAUAGUUAUAGUAUAAAGCAAUGAUUUCUUAAGAAGUAGAAAAGGCAUGCAAUGUCGAUUAAUUGGACUAAAAAUUGUGGUUAUAAUUAGAAUAUAUUCUAGUCAGCAAUUAGUUCGUAAUAUUCAAAGACAUAAUCUAUAUAUUGAUGAAUUUCUGGUUAUGCUGCAAAUUUUUAAAUAAAGUAGUUAAUAAGUACAAAUUAUAUAUUAUACAAAUAAUGAAUGUUUAUGAGUGCAAUGGUAAGAAUAUUUUCAUGAGGUGAAAGAUGGAAUGUUCUAUUCAACGAGGCGACAGCCGAGUUGAAUGGAACAUUCCAUCUUUCACCGAAUGAAAAUAUUCUUACCAUUGCACGAAGAAACAUUCAUUAUUUGUUUUAUAUAAUACCAAAAGUCCAGAACAGACUAAUAGACUCGUAUGAGAAGCAUUUUGAGGGAUGCGAUUUAUCGAAAACACAAAGAGUGCAAUUGUACUAUACGUUUUAUUCCAUUGCACUCCCGGAGAGCGCAAUGGAACGUGUUCCAUUGCACUCUUGGGAAAUGGAAUUUUCUAUUCAAUAUCACGUGACCAUAAACAGCCAAUUAAACGAUUAGAAUUUAAUAAGGUAUUAUAUAAAACCUAUUGGAGUGCAUGUAUAUAAGAUUUGUUACUCCUCAUGUACUAGUAAGACCAGACGACGUUUGGACAAGUACUAUAUGAACAAGCUUAUAUGCGUUCAUUGGUUGAGCCCUGAUAACAAUGUCAUUGAUUCAGAAUCAUAUACAUUGAAUAUACAGUAUCUGAAUACAGGGUGUCCCCCAAAAAAACUAUUGAAAUAACGUAUUGUUAGAAUUUGAAUGCCUAAGCACUCUGCUGAACGUGAACCCACAAGUGAUAAAAGCUUGACAUAAGUAAAUUUUAUGCAUAUAAAGAAACUGUUUAAGAAGCUGUUUUAAAUUCCCAAGAGCAGAAAAUCGUGCGCUUUACAAAGUCAUUUAUAAUAUAUGCAAAAAUGUAAACUCAAAUUCUAACAAUACGUUAUUUCAAUAUGGUUUUGGGUUUUUUUGAGACACACUGUGGGCCGUUUGGUCGAAAACCGGUUUGCUUAAUCCUGGGUUAAUUAACGUAAAACUUCAAAGCAAACAUUAAUUCUAACAGCAGUUGUCAAACUUGGGAAUAUUUUUCCAAAAAUACCAUCUGGCAUCUGGAUAAAUGGAGGUUUUCUCGAAGAUUUUCUACAGUUUUAAAAUAAACGGACAUACAGAAGUACACGAACCAAAAUAGCGGGUUAAAUAUUAACCCAGGAUUGACGUUAAUCGUUCUUUGACCAAUCGCCCCCAGAGAGACUAGAGUUUAAAAUAUCCGCGCUAGCUAGUUCUCCGUAAUGAGUAAUGUACUAUUGAUACGAUGAAUUUAUAGUUUUAUAAUUAUAAGAUUAUGUCUUGACAUACUACAAAAUCGCGUUUGAAAUAUUGAAUUUUUGGGUGUGAUUCGCAUUCGUAUACUGUAAAUGAUGAAAAUAAAAAAAGUCAAUGAUAACG